UGAAGCCAGACUCAAUAUCGAUAGGAUGAAAAAGUUCAAGAGGAGACUUUCCCUGACCUUGCGAGGAAGCCAGACCAUUGAUGAAUCGUUGUCUGAGCUAGCAGAACAAAUGACCAUUGAAGAAAACAGCAGCAAAGAUAACGAGCCCAUUGUGAAGAAUGGGAGGCCUCCAACGUCUCACAGCAUGCACUCCUUUCUCCACCAGUACACGGGGUCUUUCAAGAAGCCUCCCUUACGGAGACCACACAGCGUCAUCGGGGGCAGCCUCGGCUCCUUCAUGGCCAUGCCCAGAAAUGGGAGCAGAUUAGAUAUUGUUCAUGAAAAUCUGAAAAUGGGGUCAGAUGGUGAAAGUGACCAAGCUUCUGGAACGUCAUCUGAUGAAGUUCAGUCUCCCACAGGUGUUUGCCUCAGAAACCGGAUACACAGGCGAAUCUCAAUGGAGGAUUUGAACAAGCGCUUGUCCCUGCCUGCUGAUAUCAGGAUACCUGAUGUGUAUCUGGAGAAGCUGCAGAUCAACAGCCCGCCAUUUGACCAGCCCAUGAGUCGACGUUCUCGUAGAGCAUCACUAUCAGAAAUUGGAUUUGGAAAAAUGGAAACCUAUAUCAAGUUAGAAAAGCUUGGAGAGGGUACUUACGCAACAGUUUAUAAGGGGAGAAGUAAAUUGACAGAGAACCUGGUAGCUCUGAAAGAAAUCCGCCUGGAACAUGAGGAGGGUGCACCAUGCACAGCCAUAAGAGAAGUAUCAUUAUUAAAAGACCUGAAGCAUGCAAAUAUUGUUACGUUACACGAUAUUGUGCACACAGACAAGUCUUUGACUCUUGUUUUCGAAUACCUGGACAAGGAUCUGAAGCAGUACAUGGAUGACUGUGGGAACAUCAUGAGUAUGCACAAUGUAAAGCUAUUUUUAUACCAGAUUCUCCGUGGUUUGGCAUACUGUCAUAGGCGGAAGGUUUUGCAUCGAGAUCUGAAGCCACAAAAUCUACUUAUUAACGAGAAAGGAGAACUGAAGCUUGCAGACUUUGGAUUGGCAAGAGCGAAGUCUGUUCCUACAAAGACCUAUUCCAAUGAAGUUGUCACAUUAUGGUACAGACCACCUGAUGUUCUCCUUGGAUCUUCAGAGUAUUCAACUCAAAUUGACAUGUGGGGCGUUGGCUGCAUAUUUUUUGAAAUGGCGUCGGGAAGGCCUCUGUUUCCUGGUUCAACUGUGGAAGAUGAACUGCACUUAAUUUUCAGGCUCCUCGGAACUCCAUGUCAAGAAACAUGGCCAGGCAUUUCUUCCAGUGAUGAAUUUAGAAACUACAACUUUCCUAAGUAUAAACCACAACCUCUCAUCAACCAUGCACCAAGGCUAGACACAGAAGGAAUUGAAUUGAUAGCGAAGUUCCUGCAAUAUGAAUCGAAGAAGAGAAUUUCAGCAGAAGAGGCCAUGAAACAUGCAUACUUCAGAAGUCUUGGAACAAGGAUACACACUUUGCCUGAAAGUGUUUCAAUAUUCAGUCUAAAAGAGAUUCAAUUGCAAAAAGACCCUGGCUUUCGAAAUUCCACGUAUCCAGAGACAGGACAUGGGAAGAACAGAAGGCAGAGCAUGCUUUUUUGAAGUGGGCAGUGCAGAGUGAAGCCCAAACCUGUCCUGUCGAUCAAGGACUCAGAUCCGAAGGCAGUGCUUUCUGUUGGUGGACUUGGAAUAGCAGUUUGUCUACACUGUCCUCUUCACAGUGGAGUCUUUUUAUUUCCAACCUGCAAAUUAUGUUUUUAUAUUUGUUGUCACAGUGUGACAAUUUUUUGUACAGUUGGUUUUAAGGUCUCCUCUGCCACUAGAGCCAGUAGGUUACAGCUGUUGAUGUAACUGUAGCUGCAAUUUUUGUGCAGGACUGAGAAACACAGUGCAUUAUUUAUUGCGGAAUCAUUGCUGCUAAAUAACUACUGUCUGUAUAGUUAACACAACAGUUCCAUGCCUGAAGAAGUUGCAAUGGCUUUAUAAUAUGUGAAUGCAUCUGUUUCUCUUGAUAUAAUGUUCUACUGCUGCGGGGUUUUUUUGUAUUUCUUAAACUGCAGUGUUUCCUGGAAUGUAAACAUAGCUUUGCUUGGCUAUAGGUGAGCCAUCUUUAAUGCUCUAAGUUCUUGGCACUUAAUUCCUUAUUUAACAUUGGAGGUAUGUGUUGAAAUAGUUGAAAAAUUAUAAUGCAUAUUAUGUUUUUGAAAAGCACAUGGUGUGAAAGUUGAUUCAAACAAGUGAACAGUGACUAUCAUUUGCUCUCAGAUCCUAUGUUAUCGAUAUAUUGGAGCAUGGAGGCUGGAUGAUAAAUUUUGUCAGGCUUACUCCAACGUAAGAUAUUUGCACAUUGUUGUGCACAUGGGGCCUGCAGAAACAAUUACUUUUUUACCUUGUUUUUAACUUAGAAAUACAAAUAGUAAAGAGGCAAUUCAUGUACAUUGGACCCUGGCUUACUUUUAAUUACAGAAGAACAGGACAACUAAUCACACAAACAUGGGACUAAUGUCAUACUUUUCCCACCUUGUUGCUCUCCCAUUUGUGCAUUAUUCACUUGAAAUCAACUGGAAAGAUGCAAGUUUGUACUUGAUAAGAACUCACUAUGCUACAGAGCUUUUACAACGAGAACUUAGAGAGUUUUUCAGAUCUUAGAUGUUACCUGUUUUCCAGAGAUAGUAAACAUAUUACUACUAUGCUUAUGCAUCUCAGUGAGUAUCAUAAGUACACCUUUGGUGAUGGUUACAGUAUUUUUAAGCAUUUGUGUUCACCUUUAUGAACCUAUUUGUUUAGUGCAUCUUAAAGAGACUGUAAAUCUUUAUUGGUAUAUUUUGAAAUGGUCAUGUAAAUCUUUGGCUGGUAUAUCAUGAAAAUAGUCAUAGGUAACUUAAUUUUUCCUGACAUUCACUGUAAAGCGUUCAGGGGUCCUACCAUUUCUGUUCAGGAAAUCUUGUAGUUUAUUGUUAUUUAACAGUAUUAAGUGAAUUUUUGUAUAUUUCAUUUUAACUUUAUUUGUGAAUAGUGAUUGUGGCAUGUUUGGGGGUGUUUUAUUACUAUUUCAUUGAUACUGGUAAAUUUGAAUUGGAAUUUUUUUUUUUUAUUUUCUGGAGGAGAGAAAUUCAUGUGUAAUGGUGACUGUUGGACCACUACUGCUUUUCAGCAUUUGUAAACCGGUUUUACGUUGAAUCUUGUAGACCUAACAAACUGCUGUUAUUUCUAACUGACCGACCUGUAUUAAUAUUGUACUUUUGAAAGUAUAAAUAUUAUGUGGAAUUCUUUGGUUUUGUUUUGAAAUUUAUAAUAACAGAAGCCCUGUGUUGUUAAAAAUACAGACUAAGUGAACUUGCA